GAGUGCACACAAGGCAACACCCCCUCUACAAAGAUUUUCCUGUAUUGCGGAGCUUUUUGGGGGGCUGGAGACAGUGAGAGACAAAGUCUGAAACACAGCGGUUGAAAGAGAAGAUAGCAACAUGGCAUAUGCUGGAAACAAGAAUGUAGAGUUUGUGCGGACGGGCUACGGCAAGAAUGCAGUGAAGGUGAUGUUCGUCAGGAGACACGGCAGCCACCACUACAUUAUCGAGCUGAAGGCUAACGUGGAAAUCACGCUCAAAUCUCGAAAGGACUAUCUGACUGGAGACAACUCAGACAUCAUUCCCACCGACACCAUCAAGAACACCGUCCAUGCCCUGGCAAAAAUCAAAGGGGUAAACACCAUUGAGCAAUUGUCCCUGGAUCUCUGUCAUCAUUUCCUGACCUCUUUCAACCAUGUGCUGAGGGCCAAAGUUUACAUGGAGGAGGCACCCUGGAGAAGGCUGGAGAAGAACGGUGUAGGACAUGCUCACGCCUUUAUCUACAGCCCAGAGGCUUGUCGUUUCUGUGACGUGGAACAGAACCUUGGCGGUAUCCCGGUGGUUCACAGCGGGGUGAAGGACAUGAAGGUGCUAAAAACCACUCAGUCUGGCUUUGAGGGCUUUUUCCGAGAUCGCUUCACAACACUGCAAGAGACCAAGGACAGGGUUUUCUGCACCACCGUCUAUUCUAGGUGGCGCUACAACAAGGUCCAGGAUGUUGACUUUGAUGCUGCAUGGAGGUGUGUGAGAGACACGAUUAUAGAGAAGUUUGCUGGCCCCUAUGAUCGUGGACAGUACUCGCCAUCUGUGCAGAAGACCCUUUAUGAAACACAAGUUCUGGUCCUGGAGAGGAUUCCUGAGGUGGAUGAAAUUGAGAUCGUCAUGCCCAACCAGCACUACUUCACCAUAGACAUGACAAAAAUGGGUCUUAACAACAAAGAUGAGGUGUUUCUUCCUCUGGAUAAUCCCUCUGGUAACAUCACAGGCACAGUGGGCCGGAAACAGAGAGCUAGACUUUAAAAGGGAAAGCCCAACCUGAUGAAACCACGGCUGGGUUUCAGUAUUAACCUGUUGAUCCAUCUAAAAGGAAAGUUCUUCUGAACACAUGCAACAAUGACUCUCAAGAUGUGCAGAAGGUUGCUACUACCUGAGCAUAUGUAACGCUGAGCUUCCAAAUAAACACGAAUAAUAAAAAAUAAUAGACAAA